UUACAAAGUCUGAGCCGUGUUUCACGCCUCCCUAGAAGACAGGAUGCAAAAGUAUUACUGUAGAUAUUUCUUUUCCUGCAGCACUCUUAUGAAGUCACAGAGCCAUAGAAACACAUCAACUGGCACACAAGCUGCAAACUGCUGACCCAUACCAAGCAGUAGCAAGCUGUGGUUUAAAGAACAGAAAAAAAAGAACAAUACUAAGUAGGUGCUGGUGUUCCAUCAGAAUCAGUGACCCAUCAGAUCAGGUUUCAUGCCCUGCAGAAAGUCAUCAUGCAUGAAUCUGUUUUCCCAUUUUACCUCCGACCCAGGACACCUUUUCUUUUCGACACGAAAAUUAUUGAAAUCAUCAUAAUAUGUCUGAUCACUGCAGUCACUUUUAUUAUCAUAUUGCCUGGAAUCAGAGGAAAAUUGAGAAUCUUCUGGAUUGUGAAAGUGCUGACAAGUCUCUUUAUUGGCACUGUGAUUCUAAGUGUUAACUUUACUCGUGACUGGGAGGUUGGAUCUAUAACUGUCACAACUGUAUACAAGUCUUUCAGUCAUGCCAUGGUGAAUGCCAGUAUUGGAUUAUGGGUUGGAUUAAGGGGUUUAAAUAUUACUCUGGCAGGGGAUCCUAUUCAUCAAUUUAAUGAAACAAUCGACUACAAUGAGAGAUUUUCUUGGGAGACCAGGAUCCAAUAUGACACAGACUAUCAAGAAGGAUUGGAGAGGGGUCUUCCUAAUCCCAUAUUAUAUGUGGCUGAAAAGUUUAUCAGCAUUAGCCCUUGUAGACUUCACCAGCAAUAUUGUGCAUCCUCGUAUUAUGCAUCAGCACUAAUGUGGUGUGCAUUUUGUGCAUGGAUUCUCAGCAAUGUCCUUUUCUGUGUUCCAGUCCCUCUGUAUGGAAUUUAUAUGAUGUUUGCAACUGCAGUAUGUAUAAUAUUCUCGCUCAUAUCAUUUGCAACAGUUAGACAGGUACCUAUAUGCAACAUCCAUUUUGGAACUUCUAUUCUGCAGACAAGAUUUGGAUUUUCUUUUUGGAUAAGUUUUGCCACAGGUAUGCUUUGUCUGUUUAUUAGCUUUACCCUCUUGACAGUACACAUAAAGAGCCCAGCUUUCCUUCGCCGUUUAUUCAGUGGACGCGAUAAUGAGGAAGUUUGCCCCAAGCCUGAAAAUGAAGAAAGUGGUGUUGUGAUUGACAAUGAAACAGUUACUAUGAUCACCCAGUUGUAAUCAAUCAGCUGCUUUCCAAGACUUACAUAUCUACCGGAUGGACUUCUGUUUCAAGUUGAUGGAUUAAAAUUUUGGUUUGCAAUUUGAGUUUCUCAGUAAUUCAGAGUGUUGGGGUAAAUCAGAAUGUUUGAAUAACUGAGACAUAUUGCAAAUGUUAUUGGAAACCAACAGUCUACAGAAAGGGGUUGCAGAAGUAACAACCCCCAUUGAGUUCAUAGACCAUUUUGGACUCGGCUCUGACUCUGAAUGAACAACAGUUGUCUCUUCAGCCCUCACAGUAUUUUUGGAAGAAUCUUCACAAUUCCUAAACUUCUAGAUUAUUUUUAUUGUGUGAGAUAUUUUCAUGUAUAGUAUUUGUUUUUAAAAAUGAAUAGUUGUUUUUGGACCUGGUUUACAUUCACCAGUAAAUUUUAAAGGAUACUAAUCCUCCAUCAGGCAACUUGUUAUGCCUUGCUCACAGUUCAUUAAUCAUACCAUAUCACUGUGUGGCCUGUGUUUAAUGGGGACAAAAGCAACUAUAUUUUAAAAAGUCCAUAUAUUCUAAAUGAACACAUUUCAAAUUUACUUUUUUUUAUUAGCAUUACCUUGUUUUUAAUUUAACUGACUUGUGAAUAUUUGGAAAGAUUAACAUUUUGUUGUUUAUUGUGAUGCAUUCGAUGGGGUAAUUGCCAAUAAAGGCAAGGUGAACAUUUACUUAAAGCGUUUUUUUACCCCCUUUACAUUUUUACCUACAGGUAAGCCUAUAAUAAGGCUUUAGGUAAAAUGAAUAUCUCCUAAACCUACACGGUUUAGGAUAUAUUCACCCUGCAUGCAGCCGCUGAUGUCAGCGGCGCAUGCACAGUGAAGGUCCGGAGAAGGUCAGGCGUAUCAUGUCGGAACUUAGCAGAAUGGAGGACUCCCACACGCAUGCACGGGAGUGACAUCAUCGUGGCUCCAGCUACUCACAGUGAUGGAGCCCUUGAAAAA